GAGACCGGCGGCGUGCUGUCCGCAGAGCGGGCCCCCGCCCCGGCUAUUCUCAGCCCCGAGGACGCCCCUCCCGCCCCGGGGGGACCACGCGCAGCGGGGCGUCCUGUGCCGCCGGCGCCGUGGCAGCCCCCAAGUCCUCUGCGGGCCCGCCUCCGCCGUGCCUCGGUUUCCCCAGGAGCCCGGGGCCCGGACUAGCGCCCGCACGUCCGCGGGCUCUGGCUCCCGACCGACAGCACAGUGACCCCCGCUGUCCCAUCCGUUCGUCAUCGCCAGGUGUGCCAGGGCCAGUGCCAGCCUGCACCGACAGCCUCAGCCCCAUGGGGCGGUGACUCUCCGCACCCUGCUCCGCCACCAUGUGGCCCAAUGACAGUGCUCUGGGCCCCUGUUUCCGGCCAACAAACAUCACCAUCGAGGAGCGGCGCCUGAUCGCCUCCCCCUGGUUCCCUGCCUCCUUCUGCCUCGUGGGCCUGGCCUCCAACCUGCUGGCCCUGAGCGUGCUGGCGGGCGCACGGCAGGGCAGCUCGCCCGUGAGAUCCUCCUUCCUCACCUUCCUCUGUGGCCUGGUCCUCACCGACUUCAUGGGGCUGCUGAUCACCGGGGCCAUCGUGGUGUCCCAGCACGCCAUCCUCUUCGACUGGCACGCCGUGGACCCCAGCUGUCGCCUCUGCCGCUUUAUGGGUGUCGCCAUGGUCUUCUUCGGCCUGUGCCCGCUGCUGCUGGGGGCCGCCAUGGCCUCAGAGCGCUACCUGGGCAUCACCCGGCCCUUCUCCCGCCCCGCGGCCGCCUCCCGGCACCGCGCCUGGACCAUCGUGGGGCUGGUGUGGGCCACGGUGCUGGCGCUGGGCCUGCUGCCCUUGCUGGGCCUGGGCCGCUACACCGUGCAGUACCCGGGCUCCUGGUGCUUCCUCACCCUGGGCCCCCAGCCCGGGGACGUGGCCUUCGGCCUGCUGUUCGCGCUCCUGGGCAGCUUCUCGGUGGGGCUGUCCUUCCUGCUCAACACCAUCAGCGUGGCCACCCUGUGCCACGUCUACCACGGGCAGGAGGCCGCCCAGCAGCGCCCCCGGGACUGCGAGGUGGAGAUGAUGGCUCAGCUCACGGGCAUCAUGGUGGUGGCCAGCGUCUGCUGGAUGCCGCUGCUGGUCUUCAUCGCCCAGACAGUGCUGCGCAGCCCACCGGACAUGAACCCAGCCGGGCAGCUGUCCCGAGCCACGGAGAAACAGCUGCUCAUUUACCUGCGUGUGGCCACCUGGAACCAGAUCCUGGACCCCUGGGUGUACAUCCUGUUCCGCCGGGCGGUGAUCCGGCGCCUCCACCCUGGCCUCAGUGCCCGGGCCCGGUCGCUCUCCCUGCAGCCCCAGCUCACCCGGAGGCCCACCGUGGCUUAGGGCCAGGGAGACAGCGGCCAUUCAACCUCGGUCCUCCCUGACCGUCACCGCUGCCCACGCUGAAGUCCAGGAGCUGGGAGUGCAGGAUGAGCAGAGAUUGAGUGGCAGGAUUGUGAGCUGUCUUCCGCCAGCCCUGGGGGCUCCCCAACUCUUCCCUGACCCCCCUUUCCAAGGCCUCUUUCUUCUCUCAGGCCCCUCCCAACGUCAGGAUGGGUGAGUGGGCGUGUAGGGAGGGUAUCUGCAGACAAUUAAACUUGUAAGCCUCCCCUUCCAGAAGUCCUCAGGAAAUGGGGGGUUCCGACCACUGACUAUGACCUAUUCUCUGGGGUACACUUGAUCCCCUUUGACACCGCAACCUGAGAAGCGCUGUCUAGAAAAGAUUCCAUAUA